CCUCACAUGCGUGUUGCGCUCUCUCUGGAAGUGAAGCGGCGAGAGGCUUUUGCUUCGGCGCGGAUGGACUGGCAGGCUUGGUAGAAAUAAAUCAACUAAACCUCGAUAUCUCUUCGAAUUUCGUCCUGCUAGCGAGCCGCAACGAUGCCGGCAUACUUUCAAAGACCGGAGAACGCUCUGAAAAGAGCUAACGAGUUUCUUGAGGUUGGCAAGAAGCAGCCAGCUUUGGACGUGCUGUACGAUGUCAUCAAGAGCAAGAAACAUCGAACAUGGCAAAAGAUCCACGAGCCGAUUAUGCUCAAGUACCUGGAGCUCUGUGUGGACCUUCGCAAGAGCCACCUGGCCAAAGAGGGCCUGUACCAGUACAAAAACAUCUGUCAGCAGGUGAAUAUUAAGUCUCUGGAGGAUGUGGUUCGUGCGUACCUGAAACUGGCAGAGGAGAAGACUGAGACAGCCAAGGAGGAGUCUCAGCAAAUGGUGUUGGACAUUGAGGACUUGGAUAACAUUCAGACCCCAGAGAGUGUGCUGCUGAGCGCAGUGAGUGGGGAGGACACUCAGGACCGUACUGACCGCCUGCUGCUCACUCCUUGGGUCAAAUUCCUGUGGGAGUCAUACCGCCAGUGUCUGGACCUUCUGAGGAACAACUCCAAAGUGGAGAGACUGUACCAUGACAUCGCUCAGCAAGCUUUCAGGUUCUGCCUGCAGUACACCCGAAAGGCAGAGUUUCGCAAGCUAUGUGAUAACUUGCGCAUGCAUCUGGGCCAAAUCCAGAGGCAUCACAACCAGAGCACGGCCAUUAACCUGAACAACCCCGAGAGCCAGUCUAUGCACCUGGAGACCCGUCUGGUGCAGCUGGACAGCGCUAUCAGCAUGGAACUGUGGCAGGAAGCUUUCAAGGCAGUAGAGGACAUCCAUGGAUUGUUUGCUCUCUCUAAGAAGCCUCCAAAGCCCCAGCUGAUGGCCAACUACUACAACAAGGUGUCCACAGUGUUUUGGAAGUCUGGUAAUGCUCUGUUUCAUGCCUGCACGCUACACCGGCUCUAUCAUCUCUCCAGGGAGAUGAGGAAGAACCUUACCCAGGAGGAGAUGCAGAGGAUGUCAACACGCGUCCUCUUGGCCACUCUGUCCAUUCCCAUAACCCCUGAGCGCACUGAUAUCGCACGCUUGUUGGAUAUGGAUGGCAUCAUCGUGGAGAAACACCGCAGACUGGCCACUUUGCUCGGCCUCCAGUCCCCACCCACUCGCCAGAGCCUCAUCAAUGACAUGGUGAGAUUCAAUCUUCUCCAGUAUGUUGUUCCUGAAGUCAAGGAGCUGUACAGCUGGCUGGAGGUGGACUUCCAUCCCCUCAAACUGUGUGGAAGAGUCACCAAGGUGUUGAGCUGGGUGAGGGAGCAGGCUGAGAAGGAGGCUGACUUGCAGCAAUAUGUUCCUCACUUGCAGAACAACACUAUCCUCCGUUUGCUGCAGCAGGUUGCUCAAAUCUACCAGAGCAUUGAAUUCAGCAGGCUGGCCUCUCUUGUGCCAUUUGUGGAUGCCUUUCAGCUGGAGCGCUCUAUCGUAGAUGCUGCACGCCACUGUGACCUGCAGGUGCGCAUCGACCAUACGUCCAGAACGCUGAGUUUUGGCUCAGACCUGAACUACUCAACUAAAGAGGAUUCACCUGUGGGACCGUUCCUGCAGAACAUGCCUUCUGAACAGAUUCGUAACCAACUCACUGCCAUGUCCUCCUCUCUGGCCAAGGCUAUUCAGGUCAUCAAACCUGCUUCUAUUCUGCAAGAGCGAGAGGAGCAUCACCAACAGGCCAUCGCAGCCUACCUGAAGAAUGCCCGCAAGGAGCAUCAGCGCAUCCUUGCUCGCCGCCAGACCAUCGAAGAACGCAAGGAGCGCUUGGAGAGCCUGAACAUCCAGCGAGAGAAGGAGGAGCUGGAGCAGCGCGAGGCUGAGCUCCAAAAGGUGCGAAAGGCUGAGGAGGAGCGUCUGAGACAGGAGGCCAAGGAGAGGGAGAAGGAGCGCAUCAUGCAGGAGCACGAGCAGAUCAAGAAGAAGACUGUGCGUGAGCGACUGGAGCAAAUCAAGAAGACCGAGCUGGGAGCCAAGGCCUUCAAAGACAUCGACAUUGAGGACCUGGAGGAAUUGGAUCCUGACUUCAUCAUGGCCAAACAGGUGGAACAGUUGGAGAAAGAGAAGAAGGAGUUGCAGGAGCGCUUGAAGAAUCAGGAGAAAAAGAUUGAUUACUUUGAGAGGGCAAAGCGACUAGAGGAAAUCCCCCUGAUUAAAAAGGCUUAUGAAGAACAACGUGUCAAAGACAUGGAACUGUGGGAGCUCCAAGAGGAGGAGAGGAUCAGCAACAUGAAAGUAGAGCGUGAGAAGGCUCUGGAACACAAGAAGAGGUUGUCUAGGAUGGUGGAAGACAAGGAGAACUUUGUAUCUAAAAUAACAGCUGCCCGAAGCUUCAUCUAUGAGGAAAAACUGAAGCAAUUCCAGGAGCGCUUGGUAGAGGAGAGGAAGAAGCGUCUCGAGGAGCGUAAAAAACAGCGUAAAGAGGAGGCAAGAAACGCCUUUUACCGACAGAAAGAGGAGGAGGCCCAGAGGAUUCGUGAGGAGCAGCUGAAGAAAGAGCGUGAGGAGCGCGAGCGCCAGGAGCAGGAGCUGAGGGAGGAGGAAGAGCGUGAGUACCAGGAGCGUCUGCGCAAGCUGGAGGAACAGGAGAGGAAGCAGCGCGCCAGGCAGCAGGAAAUUGAGGAGCGUGAACGCCGCAAAGAGGAGGAGAGGAAAGCACCAGAGGAGAAGGGCAGCAAAGACUGGGGUGAAAAAGAUGAGGGAGGCUGGAGGAGGCGCGGAGAAGGGGAGUCAGACUGGCGACGCCCCGUUGCUGACAACAGGGAAUGGCGUCAAGAAGGCCGUGAAGACAACGACCGUGAAGAAGGUGAGCCGCCCUUCAGAAGAGGAGGUGAUGGCCCCCGUCGUGGAGGUGCUGAUGACAGAGGCCUCCGUCGUGGCUUUGAAGAUGAACGAGGUCCACGGCGCAGCGGUGAUGAUGAUCGCGGGCCACGACGUGGCUUUGAUGACGACCGCGGCCCCAGGCGUGGCUUGGACGAGGACCGCGGCCCCAGGCGUGGCUUGGACGAGGACCGCGGCCCCAGGCGUGGCUUGGACGAGGACCGCGGCCCCAGGCGUGGCUUGGACGAGGACCGCGGCCCCAGGCGUGGCUUGGACGAGGACCGCGGCCCCAGGCGUGGCUUGGACGAGGACCGCGGCCCCAGGCGUGGCUUGGACGAGGACCGCGGCCCCAGGCGUGGCUUGGACGACGACCGCGGGCCCAGGCGUGGCUUGGACGACGACCGCGGCCCUAGAAGGGGCUUUGAUGAUGACCGCGCCCCCCGCCGUGGCAUGGAUGAACCCAGAGGCCCUAGACGCGGUGCCGAUGAUGACUGGGGCCCCAGGAGAGGAGGCGAUGAUGAGAGAGGAGGCCGUAGAGGCAUGGAUGAUUCUGCUUCACGCCGCAGUGAUGACCCCAAGCCAUGGAAACCUUCAGGUAGACCAGGAGGGUGGAGAGAGAGGGAGAAGGCUCGUGAGGAGAGCUGGGGUCCCCCCCGUGAGUCUCAGGGUCAUGAUGAUGAGGGUGAUCAUGAGGAAGACCGCAAUGAGGGAGACCGUUACAGAGACCGUCGUCCACCCAGGGAAGAAGGAGGCUGGAGGAGGGGUGGUACUGAUGAGCCAUCCAGCUGGCGUGACUCUCGUCGUGAGGACUUUGACAGAGAUGAGCGCCGCGAUCGCCGUGAUAUGAAAGACCGCAGAGAUGACCGCGACCGUGAUCGUGAUAGAGGCCCCCCAAGAGAUCACGAUGAUGGGGGGUCCUGGCGUCGUGGUGGCGAUGACCGGCGGGAGGAGCGUAAGGACGAUAGAGACGCUCCUCCUAGACCUCGUGAGCGAGAUGGAGAGAGAAGUUCCUGGCGCACUGACAAAGAAAAAGACAACCCGCGCCGCACCAAGAAUGAGACCGAUGAUGAUGGCUGGACCACGGUCCGCCGCUAAAGGCUCAGAACAUCUUCUUAUAGCCUCCACAGCCUUGAUCUAUUCUCUAAUCUCUUUAGUAUUGUGACGAUAACUUCUCUGGCAUACGUUAACAAAGCUAUUGCAUAGUUAUGAGAACCGAAUUGCCAUGCCAAAUAUGGUGAGGACCUUUUUCGAAAAACAGUUGACUUCCAGCUCAAAGUAGAUCAUUCCCCUUUUGUUGUGCAUGGUCAGAGUAUUAAAUUGGUCUCACUCAAACAUUGUUUUCCUGAACCAGGGUGGGGGGAACAUGGGGAGAUUCUAUAAAGAUAAAAUCAAUUAAAUAAAUAAUGACCUCAGAUGUGUUGUGAUGACUUCUGGUGUUGAAAGUUGUCCUUUUAUCACAGUUGAAUCCUCACUCUGGCUGCUGCUUCUCCCAUGGUUGUGUGCUUUUUAGAAUUAUGAAAACUUUAUUAAUAAAGUCAGUUGCUCAACAAAUGACA